AUGCAUACGUUGAUGAAUAUUCUUAUUUGUACUUUACUUUUUAAUAUUAUUAUUAUACAAGUCCAAGGUAAAAAUCAAGAUUAUUUAGCAAAAUUUUUUGAAACGAAAAAUCCUGAUGAUUUACAUAAUAAUGCAAAAGACUUUCUUGUUCUUUGGCGAUCUCAACAACGAGCUAGAGUAGAUGGACAUUGGUGUUGCGCUGUAGUUCCACCUACAAUUCCUAUUUUCUCCAAUACUGGUCAUCUUUUACAUUACCAACCACAACCAUGUCCUGAUACACAUAUGGUCUGUUGUAAAGGAUAUAUAAAUAUUCAAGGUCAAUGUUUUUCUUUUGAUGAAAUAAAAGAUAUUCUUCCAGCAUGGCAAACACUUUUUCAAACAUUCGGUUCAUCAAUGACAGUAGAACAGAUUCUUGGUACUGUUCAUCAAGUUGGUUAA